AUGGGGUUGAAAAGCACAGAGUUCUUUGAAAACACCUCCUACGACUCAAAGAACAACAAGAUCUUUGUGUGCAACGAAUGCCUGUCCCACCUCUGUCUUUCCAAUUUGGUGAUCUCUGACCAGUUCACGGGCGCCUCCGGGCCCGCCUACUUGGUCGAUAAGCUUAUCAAUGUCCAGCCCAUGGGGCCUGACCAGGAGAAGCAGUUCAGAACAGGCAUCUACGUUGUCAAUGACAUUUGCUGCUCCCAGUGCCACACCACCUUGGGCUGGUUCUACAAGAAGCUGGCUGCCUACGCUGAACAGUACAAGGAAGGUAAGUAUGUGGUUGAGAGGGCCUUUAUCAGGGAAGUGCCCAACCACACUUCAACUGCAUCUCUUUUGCAACAGGCAAGACUGCUGCGUCGUCGCCGUUCCUCAGCUAAUAGUGCUACAAGCUCUUUUGACGAUGAGUCCUCCCUCGAAUCCUUCCGCAGAAGACGCUCGGACGAGUUCAAGUUUGGCUCCGUGCAUGUCAAGCUCGACCUGCUGCUGCUGCUGCUGCUGCCUCUGCUGAACAUACCCCAUCCUCGCGCGGCUAGAGGCUCCCAUCUGCUGCUGCUGCGGUUUGUGUCUGUGAAAGACGAAUUCGAUGAGCAUGACGAGGACCAGAAUGUUUUUGUCGAUGCUUAG